UGAACUGUUGAAUUGACUGACACCUGAAACAAUGAAACCCUGGAAAGCCAAAAACAAGAAAAGAAAAGGCUAUUUUUGAGGGUGAAUUUCUUGUGUAACCAGUAUGAAAAUAGUUUAUUUUGAAACAUACACACUCUCCACCCAAAUGAACAGACUUCCACAGAAGUCCAGAAAAAACAUGUGAAUGAGGAAGAAAAAUGAAAAAGGCCUUUGUUUAGAGUAUUAAACAAAUGCUGUGACGUGUUGAUUAACGGAUGAGAGCAGAUAUAGAAUCAUCACACAGUCUGAAUCUGCAGACAGAAACAUCAGACUGAGGACAGGAACACACCAGCUCUGAAAAAUGGCUCAAUCUCUAUAUUUCCCUCUUCACCUCAUUGCUCUCUGCUCCAUAUCUGAAUGUGUUCAGCGUCAGUAUCACUUUAUAAAUGAGAACAAGAACUGGACUGAAGCUCAGAGAUACUGCAGAGAGAAAUACACAGAUCUGGCCACUGUUGACAACAUGAACGACUUAAUCCAGCUGAAGAAGAGUGCGAAUAAUGAAGGGGUUCAGAAUAUUUGGAUUGGUCUUCAGAGGACGGGUGUUUAUAAAUGGUAUUGGUCUUCAGGUGAUCCUGCGCUCUUUCUGAACUGGGCAUCUGGAGAACCAGCCGGCAGUGAAGAGUGUGCUGUUAUGAGAAAUGGACAGUGGAUUGUUUGGCUAUGUAGUAAUGUCUCAUUCUUCAUCUGCAACAACACAAGCACAGGACUGGUGUUUGUCAAUCAGUCGAUGACCUGGAGAGAAGCUCAGAGUUACUGCAGACAGAAUCACAUUGAUCUGGUCAGUGUGAGGAACCAGAAUGAGAAUCAACAGCUGGAGAAGUUCAUUAAUGACAGAAACUCAUCUGGAUCUGCAGUCUGGAUCGGUCUGUUCAGAGACACAUGGCAGUGGUUAGAUCAGAGCAACUCCUCAUUCAGAUACUGGUAUCCUGGUGAACCAAAUAAUUAUGGAGGUCAUGAAGACUGUGCAGUGAUUGGAAAGAAUACACAGAGAGGAUGGGCAGAUGUCCCUUGUGAUAGUCGCCAAAUUCCUUUUGUGUGUCAUGAAGAUAAACUGAUUGUGAUCCAGCAGAAUCUGUCGUGGUCUGAAGCUCUGAGAUACUGCAGACAGAAUCAUGUGGAUCUGGUCUCGGUUCAGUCAGUGGAGAUGCAGCGUCGUGUGAUGAAUGUGGUUAAACUGGCGUCUACUGAGGCGGUGUGGUUGGGUUUACACCACUACUGCAGCAUGAACAUGUGGCUCUGGGUGAGUGGAGACAUGGUGUGCUAUCAGAACUGGGCUCCAGGGAACGGCAGCACACCGGAAAACUGCAAACUGGAGAACAGAAAAGGAGCAGUUCAGUCUGGAGGAAAUCAGACCUGGAUCAGCCUUCCUGAAUCUCACAGACUCAACUUCAUCUGCACUAACUACUGAGAGAAGAUGUGUCUGU